AAUUCAUAGGACGUUGUUUUGUUCUGCCUUCUUCUCUCCCUCAAUACAAUUUUCAUCCUAUUCCUCAGAUAAAGAAGAUGCAGAAGGGUAGAGAAGUUCGAGACAAUAACAUUUUUGAACCAAGACGGUUUGAAGAUUUUGGCGACUUUGGAUUUCAUAGAAGUAGGAUGCCAAGUCUUUUUGGUGGCAGGGAUCCAUUUGAUGAUCCCUUUUUCACAGACCCGUUUGAUAGCUUGUUUGGUCCAAGUUCUGCAUCAAGAGCAAUGCAGAAGACAAACAGAGAAAAAGGAAUAGUUAUAGAAGAAAUAGACUCUGAUGAUGAGGGGGCUGAUAAUGGCCCUGAAACUGGAGAGAAAGAUUUUGAUAAGAAAAAAUCUAAAUCGACCAUGGAACCGUCAAUUGAGUAUCCAGAUGAUGAUGUUAAUGAGAGGAAGAACAGUGAUGUAACUUACAAGAAUGACCAUUGCAUGGCUGAACCCAAGGCUCGCAAGUUUUCUUUUCAGACAAGCAGAGUAACAUAUGGCGGAAUAGAUGGUGCAUACUAUACAUCUACUAGAAUCAGAAGGAUGGGGGCUAAUGGGGAGGUAAUGGAGGAAAACAAAGAAGCUGACACAACAACAGGCCAGGCAUCACAUAGGAGGAUCACCAGAGGAAUCCAUGACAAGGGUCAUUCAGUUUUGAGGAAGCUCGACUCAGAUGGUAAGGUUGAUACCACACAAACACUCCACAAUCUUAAUGAAGAUGAGCUUGCAGGAUUUGAAGAAGCAUGGAAAGGAAAUAAUAUGGCACAAUUGCCCGGAUUUGAUGUGCAUAGGAAGGAGGAGCACAGCAACGUUGCAGAUUCUAGCAGUGGCAAGCAUAACAGAAAGCAGGUUUGGCCACUUCAGUAUUUGGAGCCAGCAGGAAGAUCGAGAGGAUUUCCAUCAAACUAUGAGGCAGGAACCGAUUCCGGGGGCAGAACAAAGAAAGUUGUUAGAAUCAAUAUUGAGUGAAUGUUAGGAUUUAGUUCCCAAUCUGUUUGUAAAUGCGCAAUUGAGGUGUGCUUUGGUGUCUUUUGGUUUAGGCUCAUGCUGCUUAGUUAAAAGCAUUGUGAUUUCUUUGGUAAUAAAACUUUUCGUGUACAACAGUUAAUUGUAAUCUGUAACCAUGUUGAAUCAUGAGAUCAUCUAUUUUUUAUUUGCA